CCUCCCUGGAACUGUGAUCAAAGUACAUUCACACAGGGCACUGGUGCUCUCAGGAAAGUUGCACUUGUUCGCGCAGUCAUAUUGUGAACAACUUUGGGAAAAGGACAGAAAAGGUUGACGGGAUGAAGCAAGAAAAGACUCAGAUGAAGGAUUUCCUGGAGAAUAUCAGUGUUCUGCAAGCGGUGCUGACACUCCCCCUCUUAGGUCCAGCGUGUAUUGGGUUGAUGGUGUACCUUAUGUUUACGUCUCUGUGGCUGCUGCCUACUCUCUACUUCAUAUGGCAGUUAAAGGACCGGCACACACCUGAAAGAGGGGGUAGGAGAACUGCAUUUGUGAGAAACUGGAAAGUGUGGAAGCUCGUAAGGGACUACUUCCCAAUGAAGUUGGUGAAGACAGCGGAGUUGAACCCAAACAAGAACUACAUCUUAGGGUGUCAUCCACAUGGGGUCUUGAGUGUCGGAGCCUUUACUACUUUCACCACGGAGGCCUGUGGCUUUAUGGACCUCUUCCCUGGGGUGCGCUCCUGUCUCUGCAUCCUGAGUGGCCUCUUCAAGAUCCCCCUCUACAGGGAAUAUGUCAUGGCCACAGGUUGUUGUCCAGUCAGCAAGCCCAGUCUCAAGCACCUUUUGUCUAAAAGUGGGAAAGGCAAUGCGCUGGUGAUUAUUAUAGGGGGCGCUGCUGAGUCUCUGCUGAGUGUGCCUGGGGUCAACGCUGUGGUUAUGAAGCAGAGGAAAGGCUUCGUCAAGGUGGCCCUGGAGUUUGGGGCUGACCUGGUGCCCGUCUACUCGUAUGGGGAAAACGAUAUGUUCCGCCAGGUGAUCUUCUCAGAAGGCAGUGUGGGCUGGAGGUUACAGCAACUCUGUAAGAAGAUCAUGGGCUUUGCCCCUUGUCUGUUCAUGGGUGAACGCUGGUUCUGGAUGCCUUACCACUGCCCAGUCACCAUUGUCGUGGGUAGUCCUAUCCCAGUGCCAAAGAGGCCUUUUCCCACUCAGGAGGAGGUGGACCACUAUCAUGGCCUAUACAUGGAGUCCCUGGUCAAGCUCUUCAAUGAGCACAAAGUCAGCUGUGGACUCUCAGACAGCCACGAGCUGCUGAUCACAUAAGCCACUCAUUUUGACAACGUGAAUGAGGUGAUUUGUCAUGGUGUCCUUGUCUGUACUGUAGCCCACCGAUCUCCACAGUGAGUAUGUUUACACGCACGGUAAUAAUUCUAUAUUAACUGAUCAUAUCGAUGAUAUACUGAUUACGACAGUACUGCGAGUUUGGCAGUAGUCAUGAUUAUCUUAAUCGCCGUAAAGUCAUAAACGAAGCAUAAACGGACUAAAAUACCUAUAUUUUUUGCAAUCUUUUGAAUGAUUUGGAUACCUUAUUCAGAGAUCCUGUGGUGUAGUUGAUCUGCACAUGUGGUAUCAUCAUGAAUCUAAGAAAUAGGUUUCACAUACAAACUCUAUAUUUCUGAAGUCAGAAUCAAAUAGGCUUCCCAAAAAAUGAUAUGAUUGCUGUGAUCGGACCUUCAUUUUUAUUGGUCAUUUUCUACAUUUCUUUAAGUCCCAUCAAGCACCCUUAUUAUCAGCUGUCCAUGUAAACAGGAUGUUUAGGGAAUGAUUUCUUCUUGCAAAUCAUAACAAUGUUUUAAUCAAAUUAUUAUAUUAAAAUCAGAGUAUUUACAACGAUCCUAUUACUGAAUGCAUGUUAACAUACUCAGCGAGACUACUUGAAUGAAAGCAUUCCAACUCAGUAUCUGUCCCAAUCAUUGAUCCCUGGAUCCACCAAGCUGCCUGUCUAAUUGACGCAUCGCUUUGACUGCAUUUACUGUAAGAAUGAAUUCAAGGGGAAAUUGUAUGUGGUUUAUAUGUAGCAAUACUUUAACCAUGAAUCUGAAUACCUUUAAGAUCCACUCAAUUUCAUAACAAACAGUAAUUUAUUGUGUGACUUAGGAUUUAUGAAGAAAUACUGUGCUUACAUGUUGAGUAUAAUCAAUGAGACUUUGUAGCCACCAGCAGCACCUGAGCAAUGUUAAUCAGGGAUCAUAACAUUCUUUCAAGUAUAACAGUUGACUUUGAAUAACUUGUGCAGUAGAGCUGCCGAAUACUGACUAUUUGCAAUACAGUAAUAUAUAGAAAUGAUGUAUUUCUGCUGAUAUGUAUUUUAAUACAUUUGGCUUGUGGUGAGGGUUCACUUUGACCACAGGAUUUUGCCACAAUGUAUGAAUUUAUUUAAUCCUUCCUGUGAACUGCGAAGUGGAUACAGAUAGCGGUAGUGAGAGGUUUUGGACAUGAACAGAGUAGGAGUGUCUUUCAGUGCUAUGAUUCACAAGCUGUAGAGAUCUAUCAUAACAUUUCAAUAUGUCUCUCUCAUCACAUACACAUAUUAGGCAUACUCUUCUCUACAGGACAAAGUAGUUGUUACCCAA